AUGCAUUUGGACCAGUGCUCGGGAAAUCUCGUUUCUUCCCCAGACAAGUGUCGCUGCGGAGUGAGCAACGGCGACCGCAUCAUCGGAGGGACGGAGGUGUCCCCACCCUUCAGAUAUCCCUGGCUCGUCGCCAUCUACGAUAUUGAGAAUCUGAAGGAGCCCUUCUGCGGCGGGAGCAUCAUCAACACCCGCUACGUCGUCACGGCCGCGCACUGUAUGUUUACGCGGGAGAACGAACCCAUCCCGCAUCAAGUUUCGGUGAAAGUCGCCGAGCACGACGUGGCUUCUGAGGACGACGACGUCGAAGGAGUCACGCGGAUGCUGGCCCUGGAGAGCUACGUCUUCCAUGAAGGCUACACAGAGAACUACUUCAACCUGGACAUCGCCCUCCUGCGUCUGGAGGAGGCCUUGGACCUCACGUCGCACCCGGAGGUCCGACCCGUGUGCCUACCUUCGGACCCGACGAAGGUCUACGAAGGACAGACCGGGAAAGUCGUCGGCUGGGGAGACACGACCAAUGGCGACAAGAAGUACCCCGACAUCGUUCGGGAAGUCGACUUACCCAUCGUCGAGUGUGGGCGCAAGGAGAUAGCCGGUGUUUUGAUCACACCUUUCAUGCUGUGCGCAGGUUUUAAGAAAGGCGGGAAGGACAGUUGUUCUGGCGACUCGGGCCCUCUGACGGUGGAAGAAGACGGGAGGUUCACCUUGGUGGGGAUCGUCUCUUUCGGCGAGGAGUGCGCCAAACGGAAUGUUCCAGGCGUCUACACGCAUCACUGA